AUUACAACUCCUAAUUGAUGACUCUCAGGGUCAAAUCUGAUUAUUUUUUACACUUUGUCCCUGGUAAAACACUGAAUGAAACCAGUGAAUACUUCUUUUAAAUGUAAAUCCUUAUUACUGAUUCCUUUCAUAACUUUAUCUUGUGUUUAAUAAAGGUAGUUAAGUACCACUUUAAAUAAAAUUAGGAUUUCACUGUGUUUCACCUAGGGCAAAACCCAACAGGACCACCUAACUGAAGCUUCUAAAAGGUUAUAAUAUGCACGAGUUUCAACUUUAAAACUUAAAAGCUGUAGUAUUUCAAUAAGCAUUUUACUUGGGAUGAUUAACUUUACUCCUCCAUUACUCUAUUUUAAUCUCUGAAAAAUUGGAAGAGCACAAUUUUAUGUAACGAAAACGACUGGGAAAUCCAAUUACACAAGACUCUUCUCUAUAAUCUGCUUCGCUUCAACGUGCAAAUUUCACUUAAAAACGCCUUCAUCUCCAUAUGCAAAUGAAGCCAAGUGUGAGAAAUGAAUUUUUUAAGAAACUACUUUUCCAUUUUGGUUCAGACAUACUAAUUUUAAAAAAAAUCCACAGAGGUGUAAUUUUCUUUCAAAACAAAAGGACAAGAUUCUCCCGUAAGCUCGCAUUGCUCUCCCCGCACAGAUUUUUGAUCUGGGGCAAAAAUGGGAAAUACCCGAUAAAACGACAACCAGGAUAAAGGAAGGGGGGCGGGAGGGGAAGAAAAUCCUUUCGUCAGACAAAAGCGACACUCAACUUCCGAGUUUGCUCCCAGUUUCAGAUGCCGCUUUGAUCAUUUCCAGGGCGUUCUGGUUACCCGUUAACUAACUCUUAUGGGCAAGGUCCAGCUAAAUUUAGCCUAAGCAAGAAAAUGACCCGUUAAGUAAAACUCAGGGUCCAAUCUGGUUAUUUUUUUACUCUUUGUCCUUGGUAAAACAUUAAAGGAAACCAGUGAAUACUCCUGUUAAGUGAAAAUACUUAUUACUUAAUUCCUUUAAUAAUUUUAUCUUGGGUAGGCACCUCCCUCAGCCCGACAGCGGAACUCGCCCCUUGCAGCUCGACGGGCGCCGGCAGUGUAACGCCCCAAACAGGGCCCUCCCGCCCCAAGGGCGCCUGCGCAAUCUCCACAAAGCCAAUUAAACCCUUCUUUAAACUGGUUGCCUCUCCUGGCUUUGAAAUUAGUCAGGUCACGCCUCAUUUUAAAACGAUCAGCAGCUGUGAGAGCACACUAAAACGACCACUCACCGAAGUGGUCCAAAAGGCUACCGUCAAGAUUUAAGCUUCCUCUCGCGACUUAUGUGGUGCGGCCGGAAGCGGAACUAUCCGCGUGGUGGUUCACAAGAGGCGUGUUUCUGCCGGGCGGUGGAGCGGGGGCGGGGAGGGUGUCUCGGAGCCGCGGUCAGAAAAGGUUAGGCGGGGAUCGUCUGGCUCUUGCCGGAAGUCGUUCCGCCCGGGGAGGUUUCUGUGUGAGACCGGGAGCGGGAGGGGAAGAGGCGUGACCGGGCUUCGGGAGGUGCGGUAGUACCUUUGGUACCUUUUUGUGGGCCCUUCAGCAGCUGCUGAGGAGAGAAGACCCACGUUCCCGCUAGCAGCUGGAGUCUUCUUUGACGGGCGCCUCCAUCCUGCCCGUCCCCCAACCCCCGCUCCCCCGGGAUUAAGGGGGGGAAAUGGAGUCCCUGAAUGGACUCGGACAUCUGCAGUUCGCGUGACGACCGCAACCGUGGCAGGUAAAAGGAUUGCCACAUCAACUCACCGAAGAAGUAACCUCACUAUCUUUGUCUUUUAAACUGCAUCAACAAUGAAGUAAUGAUAUCUGAGAACACAUGAACACUUGCCAACUAACUGUCACCACACGUUCAAGUGAUUGUAUAAGCAGAAACAAGCUGCAACAGACCAUGUGUCAGUUAGUAUAGAGAGAAUGCUUUUUUCAGGUACUAUUUAUGUAGAAACAGUUUUAGCAUAGCACGUUUCAAUUAUAUUUAUGUCAAAUGAAAUAAAAAUGAGUGAAGCCCCCAGAUUCUUUGUUGGACCUGAAGAUACAGAAAUAAACGCUGGAAAUUAUCGACACUUCUUCCACCAUGCAGAUGAAGAUGAGGAGGAGGAAGAUGAGUCUCCUCCGGAAAGGCAGAUUGUGGUUGGAAUAUGUUCCAUGGCAAAGAAAUCCAAAUCCAAACCAAUGAAGGAAAUUCUCGAACGGAUCUCCUUAUUUAAAUAUAUCACAGUAGUAGUAUUUGAAGAGGAUGUUAUUUUGAAUGAACCAGUGGAAAACUGGCCUUUGUGUGAUUGUCUUAUUUCUUUUCAUUCUAAAGGAUUUCCACUGGACAAAGCAGUUGCCUAUGCCAAACUCAGGAAUCCAUUUGUAAUCAAUGACUUGAAUAUGCAGUAUCUCAUACAAGACAGGAGAGAAGUGUAUAGUAUUCUUCAAGCUGAAGGUAUUUUGCUUCCUCGUUAUGCAAUUUUGAACCGUGACCCAAAUAAUCCCAAAGAAUGCAAUCUGAUUGAAGGCGAAGAUCAUGUAGAAGUAAAUGGGGAAGUUUUCCAAAAGCCUUUUGUAGAAAAGCCAGUCAGUGCAGAAGAUCACAAUGUUUACAUUUAUUAUCCAACCUCUGCUGGUGGUGGAAGUCAAAGACUUUUUCGAAAGAUUGGCAGUAGAAGUAGUGUUUACUCCCCAGAAAGCAAUGUACGAAAAACAGGCUCCUAUAUAUAUGAAGAGUUUAUGCCUACAGAUGGUACUGAUGUUAAGGUUUAUACAGUGGGUCCAGACUAUGCCCAUGCUGAAGCUCGAAAAUCUCCUGCACUUGAUGGCAAGGUGGAACGAGAUAGUGAAGGAAAAGAAGUAAGAUACCCUGUUAUUCUCAAUGCUCGAGAGAAACUAAUUGCUUGGAAAGUCUGCCUUGCUUUUAAGCAAACAGUUUGUGGCUUUGAUUUGCUACGGGCCAAUGGACAGUCCUAUGUCUGUGAUGUCAAUGGCUUCAGUUUUGUGAAAAAUUCCAUGAAGUAUUAUGAUGAUUGUGCAAAAAUACUUGGGAAUAUUGUAAUGCGAGAGCUUGCUCCACAAUUUCAUAUCCCCUGGUCAAUACCCUUAGAAGCUGAAGAUAUCCCGAUUGUACCAACUACAUCUGGAACUAUGAUGGAACUUAGAUGUGUCAUAGCCGUCAUUCGUCAUGGGGAUCGAACACCAAAGCAAAAAAUGAAAAUGGAAGUGAGGCAUCAAAAAUUCUUUGAUCUCUUUGAAAAGUGUGAUGGAUAUAAAUCUGGGAAAUUAAAACUCAAAAAACCAAAACAAUUACAGGAAGUGCUGGAUAUUGCACGACAACUUCUUAUGGAACUUGGACAAAAUAAUGAUUCUGAAAUUGAAGAAAACAAACCAAAACUUGAACAACUUAAGACUGUGUUAGAGAUGUAUGGCCAUUUUUCUGGAAUAAAUCGUAAGGUCCAGUUAACCUAUCUCCCUCAUGGUUGUCCUAAGACAUCUAGUGAAGAAGAGGACAGCCGACGAGAAGAGCCGUCCUUGCUUCUGGUUCUAAAGUGGGGAGGAGAACUAACCCCUGCAGGCAGGGUCCAGGCCGAAGAACUCGGAAGAGCUUUCAGGUGUAUGUAUCCUGGAGGUCAAGGAGAUUAUGCAGGAUUUCCUGGUUGUGGUUUACUUAGAUUACAUAGUACCUACCGACAUGACCUUAAAAUAUACGCCUCUGAUGAAGGACGAGUUCAGAUGACUGCAGCUGCUUUUGCAAAGGGUCUGUUAGCUCUAGAAGGAGAACUUACACCCAUUCUUGUUCAGAUGGUGAAAAGUGCAAACAUGAAUGGCCUUUUGGAUAGUGAUAGUGAUUCUUUGAGCAGUUGUCAGCAACGUGUAAAGGCAAGACUUCAUGAAAUACUUCAGAGAGACAGAGAUUUUACUGCAGAAGAUUAUGAAAAGCUUACUCCAUCUGGAAGCAUUUCUCUUAUCAAAUCAAUGCAUUUAAUUAAAAAUCCUGUAAAGACCUGUGACACGGUGUAUUCCUUGAUACAAAGUUUGACUUCUCAAAUCAGACAUCGAAUGGAAGAUCCCAAAUCAUCAGAUAUUCAGCUUUAUCAUAGUGAGACCUUAGAGCUCAUGCUCCGUAGAUGGUCCAAGUUGGAGAAAGACUUUAAGACAAAAAAUGGAAGAUAUGAUAUUAGCAAGAUCCCUGACAUAUAUGACUGUAUAAAAUACGAUGUCCAACAUAAUGGUUCCUUGAAAUUAGAAGACACGAUGGAAUUAUAUAGGCUUUCAAAGGCGCUAGCAGAUAUAGUUAUCCCUCAGGAAUAUGGUAUAACUAAAGCUGAAAAACUGGAGAUUGCCAAAGGCUACUGUACUCCUCUAGUUAGAAAAAUUCGCUCAGAUCUUCAAAGGACACAAGAUGAUGACACUGUAAAUAAACUCCAUCCUGUGUAUUCCAGAGGGGUUCUGUCACCUGAACGUCAUGUCCGUACCAGAUUAUAUUUUACCAGUGAAAGUCACGUACAUUCUUUGCUGUCUAUUCUUCGCUAUGGUGCCUUAUGCGAUGAAUCAAAGGAUGAACAGUGGAAACGAGCUAUGGAUUAUUUAAAUGUUGUCAAUGAACUCAACUACAUGACUCAGAUUGUUAUCAUGCUGUAUGAAGAUCCUAACAAGGAUCUUUCCUCUGAGGAACGCUUUCAUGUUGAGUUACAUUUCAGUCCAGGAGCCAAAGGAUGUGAAGAAGACAAAAAUUUACCCUCUGGCUAUGGAUAUAGACCAGCUUCAAGGGAGAAUGAAGGAAGGAGAGCUUUUAAAAUUGAUAGUGAUGAUGAACCACAUACUUCUAAAAAAGAUGAGGUUGAUCGAGCUGUAAUAUUGUUUAAGCCUAUGGUAUCAGAGCCAAUUCAUAUACAUAGGAAGUCUCCACUUCCAAGAUCUAGGAAGAUGGCUACAAAUGAAGAAGAGAGCCCCCUGAGUGUGUCUAGCCCAGAGGGCACUGGUGGCUGGCUGCACUACACCAGUGGUGUGGGCACUGGGCGUCGAAGACGCAGAUCAGGGGAGCAAAUCACCUCUUCCCCUGUCUCCCCCAAAUCACUGGCUUUCACAUCCAGUAUUUUUGGCUCAUGGCAACAGGUUGUAUCUGAAAAUGCUAAUUACUUACGAACACCAAGAACUCUUGUAGAACAGAAGCAGAACCCUACUGUAGGGUCUCACUGUGCGGGCCUGUUUAGCACCUCGGUGCUCGGGGCUUCUUCAAGCGCACCUAACCUACAGGAUUAUGCUCGUACUCAUCGUAAAAAGCUGACCUCUUCUGGCUGCAUAGAUGGUUUUGAAUUGUAUUCGAUGGUGCCAUCUAUUUGUCCUCUAGAAACUCUUCACAAUGCCCUGUCCUUAAAGCAGGUGGAUGAAUUUCUUGCUUCCAUUGCUUCUCCAUCAAGUGAAGUUCCACGGAAGACCCCUGAAACUUCCUGUUUAACUUCACGUUCCAGUCCAAUAAUGAGAAGAAAAAUAUCUUUAAAUACAUAUACACCUGCAAAGAUCCUCCCAACACCAACAGCUAGCAUCAAGAGUACUAAAGCAAGCAGCAAACCAGCUCCCAGCGGACCUUCUACUACAGCUGCUCCUAAUACCUCAUCGCGAAAAAAGGGCGUGACUAGCAAAACAGAAAUGCAUGAACACAAAAAAAAUACUUUGAAAAAAAAAUGAACUCUUCUAAGCAGAAGCUGGAACUCCUUAUAAAAAUCACAUGUUCAGUAGGGAAAAAAAGGCGUGUAGUAAACCUUGACUGAAAAAUAUCAAAGCAAGUAAUUUGUGUCUCCUUGUACAUCUCUGUAUUCAUUUAAAGAUAGAUUAAAUCUAAAGAAUUCUUUGUAUAUAUUCAGGUAAGGAAUUUUUGUCAUGAUCUGGAAGUGUUUGAGAACAAUGUUUAUUAGCAUUUUAUGAGCAGCAGAACUUAGGGUGAUAAAGGUCCAUUGUUAAUGUGAUAUGUGCCAUGUGCCCAUGGUAAAGAAAAGGACCGUGACAGCCUGCCCCUGUCACAUAGUGGCGACGGUUACUGAAGAGUCUGUGAGGCGGUCUCUGUACAUGUUCAUUUUCAUGGGGUUGCAUCUUGGCUAUAAAAUCCUGUAGCUUGAAAUCUGAUGGCUGUACUGGAGACUUCUUAAAAAGCAUAUUUCCAAAGAGAUUUCGUUGACCACAGUUUAGAAUAGAAACUUUCUUCCCCCAGUUGUUAUAAUUACAUAUAUGCUGCAAUAUUUAAUAACUGGAAUAUUGGCAUAUGGGUUAUUUUUUCAAUCUGUGCUUUGAAUUUUUUUAUUGUGUUUAAUUUAAAAUAUGUGCAGCUGGGAUAACUAUACCUUUAUGCACAUAAAUUUGUACAUUAAUUUGUAGAAAAUAUUUUCUUUAUAUAUUUCCUUACCAUAAGGUGCUUUUGUUCAUCAGGAAGUUUUUUGCUUCAUAUAUUGGCAAGAAAGACAUCUUUAGAGUUUCUUUUUAAGAGAUAUAGUUGACAAGUUUAUAAGUGUUAGUUAUUUUCAGAAUUCUUUUUAGAUCUGAAAAACUGAAUUCCAAAAAUGAACCUCAUCAGUGUAAGGGGAAUAUCUGAAUUCCACUGUCAGUAGAUAUGAUUUGAAGCACCUGUUUUUACCAUUUCCAUUCUUAUCUUUAGAAUGUCAGUUGAUCUCACUAAGAAAACUUAAAGAUUGAGCAUUUGAAAUAAAUGCUUACUUCAAAUUAUUAGAUUUUGGAGGAACAUUGAGAUUAUUGUAUUGUGAUUUCGUCUAUGAUGUGAAAAAUAUUUAUUAUCCUUGGUGCUUAUUUUCCCCUGAUGCACAAAUAAUUAUAAACCAAUAGAAAUGACUUAAACUAUAAAUCAAACAGUACAUCUUGAUAAGAAUUCUUCCAUUUCUAGUCAGGUAACUUAAGUUGCUAAAGCUUUAGUUUGAGACUGAGGUUUAGAAAAAUUACUGAAUUCUUGUAUGAAUGCAUCUAUUAAAAUUCUUCAGUAGAGACUCUCCUAACCUUAAAUCAUCAUAUAUGAACUGACUUUGAGAAAUUAAGCAUAUUACAGGUUCGUUUUAAAAGGUACCAGAUGCAAAAGUCACAAAUAUGUACAAUUAUAUAAGUUAGUAUGUCAGUACUUCACAUGAAUGUAAAUGUAUUAUGGAGACAUGUUUUGUAAACAGUUGAAUGUACCUAAGCUUUCUGUAUGUGAAAAUGUGGUUAAUGUGCUCAUUGUCGGAGUAAAGAAACUGCUUUUAUUUUUUCAGUGGAAUUGAAUUAAAAUAUUUUAUUUCUGGAAUCAGA